AUGAGCUGUGAAGAGGAGGUCUGGGAAAAACUAGACGCUGAGUUUGAUCACUGUGUUGUAGACAUGAAGCCUUAUGUUCUAAAACUGCAGCAUAGGUCAGGGGCAGGUACAGGAAUUGUGGGUAGGAAGAAUCGGAAUUUGUACGCAAAACUCCUGCUGCACAUGUUGAAACGAGGUGUCCUGGAAGGUCCUUUUACUUAUAAGCCCGAACCAGGACUACUGAAAACUUUACCUUCAUAUAUGUCAAUUUAUUUUGAUGAACCGAAUUCAACAAGAGUGCGGAGUAGCAGCCCAGACCAUUUACCUGACUGGGUAAUGGGAGAACUAGGAAAAAGUGAGCCUAAGCAUGAGGAAUCAUGGAGGGUAUCUUCUAAAGAGGAAUCACCACUUACAUACGGUGUGAAACCAGGAGAAGCAAGUGAAUGUGUUAGGCGAUGUUACCGGCUAAAAGAAAUCUAUAAGCACAACCUAUGUCUGGACAUGAAAAUAAAAAUAGUGGAAGCUAAAUUUCAUGAGGAAAAGCUUAAAUUACAGCAGAAGCAUGAUACUGAUGUUCAAAAGAUUUUGGAUAGAAAGAAUAAUGAAAUAGAGGUAUUGAAGACCCUCUACAAAACCAAGCAAAAUGAAGCUGAGGAAACUAUUAGAAAACUGGAGAAAAAAGUUCAGACCCUUGUUCGUGAGUCACAAGUUGUCAGAGAAGCAAAGGAAAAGCAGAUUGCGGAGUUAAAGAAGAUGUGUGAGCAAAGCGCUGAUUCUUUGAACAACGAGUGGGAGAAAAGGAACCAGAUGGUCAAAGAACUGGAGGCUCGUGUCCAACAGUUGACUGUGGAGGCUGAAAAUAGUAAUUUACAGCGUCAAAAACUAUCUCAGGAGAAGAUUGAUGCAGAGCAAUGCUACCAGGCAGUAUGCUCUGAACUGCAGGAAGUGAAAGUAAGACACAGCUCACUUCAGAAAGACAGGGACCGUAUUAUACAGGAAUAUGAGGAGAAAAUUCAGCAACUACAAAGCAAAUAUGAUGUCGAUAUAAGUUUUUUAAAACAGGAACACGCUCUCUCUGCAGCUAAGGCAUCCAACGUGAUUGAAGAGUUAGAACAUAACGUGUCUCUGUUAAAACAACAGUUGCAAGAAUCAGAACAUCAAAAGCAGCAACAGCUGAGGGAUCAAGACUACAAAUUUCAACAGGACAAGCUUCACUUGGAACGUGUGUAUGAAAAACAGAUUCAUGGCAUUCGGAACGAUCUUGACAAAGAAAGAGGCGAUGCUCAAAAGAAAAUUCGCAAACUGGAAGAGACUUUGAAGGAGAAGGAGGAGCAGCUGACUCGGGUGACAGAGGUACAGAGGCUGCAGGCCCAGCAGGCAGACGCUGCCCUGGAGGAGUUUAAGCGGCAGGUGGAGCUGAACUCAGAAAAAGUCUACGCUGAAAUGAAAGAGCAGAUGGUGGAGCUGAAGCUGGAGCAGGAGCAGGAGAAGACGCACCUAUUCCAGCAGCACAACGCCGAGAAGGACUGCCUGGUCCGCGACCACGAACGGGAAAUCGGGAACCUGGAGAGGCAGCUGCGGGCUGCCAUGGCGGAGCACGAGCAGAAAACCCAAGAAUGCCGGAAACGCGACGCGCAGGUUAUCUGUGAUAUGGAGGCCCAAAUCCACAAGCUGAGGGAAGAGCUUGUGCAGGUGAAUGCUCAGCGGAAGCAGCAGCUCGUGGAGCUGAGCCUGCUGCGGGAGGAAGAAAAGCAGAGGGCAGCUCGAGAGCACGAGGCAGCCGUGAGCAAGCUCAAAGCAGAGGCAGAAAAAAUGACAUUAGACCUGAAGAAGGUGCAUGCUGCAGAAACGGAGAAAGCCUUGGAAAAGAAGUCUCUAUGUUUUCCUAGUAACUGGCAGCAGAGGCAGGGCCUGUCCCCUGGGCCGCGCGCUGAGGAGCUGGCGGCAGAUCAGAGGGGAGCCCGGGCGCGCGGCCUGCGCACGCGGCCUCCGCGGGGCCUGCUCAUGGCGUCUCCCCCGCGUGUCUUGCAGGCGAGCGGCCGGCUGAGGCACAUGGAGAAGGAGCACGGGCAGAAGCUGGCCAAGUCGUCGCAGAUCAUAGCUGAACUUAAGACAACCAUUUCCUCUCUGACAGAGGAGAACAGCCGGCAGCAGCUUGUUGCAGAACAGCGGCUCCAGGAAGUUGUACAAAAGUUUGAAGAUAAGAAGCAGCAGCUGAUUAGAGAUAAUGACAGAGCAAUCAAGGCCUUACAAGAUGAGAUGGAAAGUUACCGCAGCCAGGUGCGGGCUGCAGAAAAGAAGCUGCAACACAGAGAGCUGGAGACCCAGGAGCAGAUGACCCAUAUACGACAAGAAUAUGAAACCAAACUCAAGGGUUUGAUGCCAGCAUCUAUGAGACAGGAACUUGAAGACACCAUUGUGUCUUUAAAAUCUCAGGUAACUAUUCUGCAGAAGAGAGCAUCGGUCCUCCAGGAAGAGCUGGACACCUACCGCACCAUAAGGCCAUACCUAGAACUCUGUAAAUGUUUAUAUUUGCUGCCGCUGCUGAGGGUGCUGAGGCUCUUGCAGGAGGUGGCAAAGCUCGAAGCUCACGAGUGCAGAGCCUGCCUGGGUGGAAGGGAAGAUGCUCAGCUGCGGAGCUGGGCCUCAUCCAAACCCCGGGAACUCGAAGGGAAACUCGCGGUAGCUCCAAGCUGGCCCUGGCUCAGGGCCUGCGGGCUCGUCCGGGGCAGCAGCAGCUCUGGCCACCCCGUGGGGGACCCGUGUGGCCACGGAGGCUCCUGCAGUGACACCGGGUGGCUGCAUUUCCCGGGAUUCCCGGGCGGCUGUUUCCUGGUGUCCCUGGGUAGCUGCGUUUCCCGGUCUUCCCGGGCAGCUGCGUUUCCCGGUGUCGCCAUGCUGGAUCAGGUCCCCACCUCGCAGCAGCAGCUACACCUGGAGCAGCAUCUCCUGGUGGUCCCCUUCACUGCUCCAUAA